AUGCCUCCCCCCGUACAAGUCGCAUAUAAGAAAAUCGGCAAACCAACAGUCGGCGAAAACGGUUAUGUCGAAUUCCAGCCUGGGAAAACAGAAGUCCUGCCGAAAGGCUGGAAUGGCUUCAACGCGAAGCCAUUGAUAAGUGAUAUUCGCGUGGAACAUGACGUUGAAAUCGUGGUCCGUGAUGGUGCUCGACUUUACGUUGAUAUAUAUCGCCCAGCAGAUUCAACCGAGAAGGUGCCCGCGGUGCUGAGCUGGUCAUUUUACGGCAAGAAAUACAGUGCAUUGGAUAUGUUACCAAUGUGCGUGUGGAACUGCUGUGUCCCGCGCUCCGACCUCAGCGGCUUGGAGAAGUUCGAGGGACUGGACCCCCAAACAUGGUGCCCGAAGGGUUACGCGAUCGUCAGUGUGGAUACCCGUGGCGCUGGGAAUAGUGAUGGACAGAUUUGUGUCAUGGGGAGUCAGGAUGCAGAAGAUGGCUACGAUAUAGUGGAGGCAAUCGCUGCCAUGGACUGGUGUAAUGGGUCCAUCGGUAUGGCUGGUAACUCCGCGCUGGCGAUUGCCCAGUGGUUUAUCGCUGCCCAACAGCCCCCGUCGUUGAAGGCCAUUGCUCCCUGGGAAGGACUGGGUGAUCUCUAUCGUGAGCAGUUCUGCCGUGGCGGCUGGUUCUUUAUGAGCAAUUUCGAUCUUAUUGCACAGAAGAUCGUUCGCGGACAAGAGAAUUCCGGAUUGGAGGACUUUGAGGAAAUGUAUCGCCGGUCGCCUACCUCGAAUGCUUUCUGGGCCGACAAGCGCGUGGAUAUGACGAAGAUUCAGUGCCCAGCGUAUAUCCGUGGAUCGGACGUGAGCACAAUUCAUACCAUGGGUUCUGUUCGUGGCUAUCUCGAAAUCCCACACGACAACAAGUGGCUCCAUUGGGGGAGCAAGCAGGAGUGGUACGAGCUCUAUAGUGAACCUGAGUCCAUGGAAGAACUCACGGUCUUCUUUGAUCGCUAUCUGAAAGGCAUCGAAAAUGGCUGGGAAAAGACUCCCAAGGUUCGUUGGUCUGCUUUGCAAUUUGGUGACCGCGACGCCAUCGACAACAUCGUUCUGGAAGACUUCCCUGUACCGUCCACAGAGUACAGGAGCCUAUACCUAGGCGGGAACCAACAGCUUCUGAGUGCACCGGUCACGGACUAUUCUACUGUCUCCUAUGAUUCCGAAACCAGAGUCAGCAUUGCCGAGUUCGAUUAUACCUUCGAGAAACCAUCACGCUUGAUUGGCUUGCCGAAAGCAAUCCUCUACAUGUCCGCCGAGGAGCAGGAUGACUUUACGGUGUUCGUCAUCCUACGAAAGAAAGAUAAGAAUGGAAAACUAUUGAUGCACCUCAACUUCCCGCUCCACGCCACCCCUGUGAAAUCAGUUGACGACAUCCCUGAGAAGGAUCAGGCAGGUCUGAAUCUACACCUAGGACCCGUUGGAAUUCUCCGCGCCUCUCAUCGUGCGAUUGACUCAACUAAGAGUAUCCACCCGCAAUUCCCGUUCCACCCGCAUUUGAAGCAGGAGAAGAUAGAACCAGGGACAGUGACGAAGCUGGAGAUCGGUAUCUGGGCAAUGGGAGUGGACUUUGAUGCUGGAGAGUCUAUUAGUUUGCAGGUUGGUGGCCAGUAUCCUAGCAUUUCGCAAGAUAUCACACCCUUCUCCAAGCCCCGUCCAGCGUAUGAGCUCAACAAAGGGAAGCACACUGUUCAUUUCGGUGGAGAAUAUCCCAGCCAUGUUAUCCUUCCAUUUAUCUGA